AUGGCCGAUUUGGAGACCGUUCUCAUCACGGUGGCUGCGGCUCUCGCCAUCAACUACCUCUACAACCAGUACAUCCAUGCAACAAAAGAUGUAAACGAGCUCUAUCUUAACGAACAGUCGACAGUUGACUCUACCAGGCUUGCUAAUGAAUCAGCCAUCUACAAGUCCAAUAAAAUCGCGUAUGCAAACGGCCUCCGCAUAGGCUUGGACAUUCGCUACGACCACUACAAACUUCGCCACGGCAACCUUUGCGACGUCUGGGAAAUCAUCACCAAAUACGCAUCGAAACUGCGUGGUUCAGGCAUCACCAUCGAUAACGAGUUCCAACCUAUCAUCCAGUUGAACUACAAGAUUUCCCAAUUCAGUCGCUACUUAACCUCUAAUAAGGUGAAGGUUGUACGCAUCAAUUUGAAUCGCUUCAUCGACAACUUCGAUAUCUUGAUAGCAGUCAUCAGCGCCAUGGUGAACCAGAUAACUAUCGAACUCUAUGAUGACCAUGCUAAUUUACAGGAUACUGAUGAAGGAUUGUUCAUUCGACCUCCAGAAGUUCACUCCACACUUAACGAAUUUGUCAACGAAUACACCUACGAAAAAGACAAGGGAAUCGCAUUGAAGAUCACAAGAAAGUUGAACAGUUCUGUGCUUUCAACUGUCGAGUUCACUCAAUUGAACAUCAUCAGUUCCUUGGCAUCGACUAUUAAACACUUGCCCUUGUCCAAGGAAAUCAACCACGAUGACAAGAUUGUUGUAGUACAAUCAUCUAAACGAUCUAACGAUGCCAUUACAAACCAAUUGAAUAAGAUAUUACUCAGUUUCAUCACAACUGCUCAAUUGGUGGUAUUGACUGAAAAUUCCUCGUUAUCCUGGAACAAUAUCCUCUCACACGAGCCUACUAUUCUUGCUCUCAACGAAAAGGAACUCCAAGACCUAUCGCUUGAAAAGUUGAAACUGGGAUUAAAUUUGAAUUGGUACAAAAAGUUCGUUGCAAACCAAACAUUGGUAUAUGUAAAUAAUGGAAUUACCAAUCCUCGUAUAUUCUCUCCUGCUCAAUUGAACGAGUUUAGAUGCUAUCUUUCUUCGCGAUUGGUGAUGGAAUUCGGGUACUAUAACAUUAUCGGCCCAAUUAUCCUUACAGACUUCUACGACUAUAGGUAUUUCCUGAUAGCAAGCGUAAAGUCUUGGGGAUGUAUAUCGCAGUCAUUGGAACUUAAGCUCACAGAGGUAUCAGACAAGAGUGAAGGAAAGUUGAGCGUUAGAGGCUACUCAAUAGGCAAGUCAACUAACAAGGUUGUCAAUAGAUCCGACCAGAUCGAGCAGAAUAAAAAUAUAAUGAAAGCUAAUGAUGGUUUUAUGCCCUUAAUUAAUGUUAGAGGCAGAUGGGGUAAUGACGGAUGCUUGUACAUAGUUUAA